AUGGUGAGUAAAGACCCUAGCAAAUGCUUGCUUACAACCUCUGAAAGCGAAGUUGAUCCAGCAACAUCACUUGCCUUAGAGAUGAAAUAUGCAUUGGAUCCCAAUCGGCAAAUCAAGAAAAGGAACAAAGCCCUACAGGUGAGAUUCAAAGACAUCUGUGAGGCCCAGAAUGAGCAGAGGGACAAACAGCUUUCUACAUUACAGCAGACGGAUAAAAAGGAGGCAAAGCCCAUCACUUACAGAGCAGCUUACCGGAAAUAUAUGACAGUGCCUGCCAGGAGAUCAAUCCCUAAUGUUACUAAGAGUACAGGAGUUCAGACUUCUCCUGAACUUAAAAAGUGUUACCAGACAUUCCCUUUGGACCGGAAAAAGGGGAAUAUCAUCAAAAGCAUAGCUUCUGUCGACACUUUUCCCAGUCAAAACAAUGGAUUCCUAAUAGAUGUUAAAGAUAAAGAGGGCAGAAUCUCAGGGGAGGCUGCUCAGUGUAGCAAGAAAGUCACUGGAUUUGUGACAGCAGAGUUUAUUUCACAUACUAAUGAACGGAUGAAUGCAAUAGAGCAGCCUUCUAGUGACAACUGUUCAGAGACAUGCCGAAGCACUGAUUUGCACAGCUGUACUAAAGAACCUCCUUCUCUUCAAAACUCAGCAGCUUCUGUUUCACAAGAGCCUGAUUACCAGCUGCAUGACAAAGCAAAACACCACGCAGGGCCACUGGGGAAUGAGGAGGCUAAUCCAUCCACCCAUGGAAAAGUGUUCAAGACUGAAGUAGCUUCUGUCUACUUGCCUGCGUCUAGUUCCCACGUCUCACAGACUGACCUGCAAAAUUCUGCAGCAGGGAAUGAAUGGUCUCUGUGCCCAGCUGAGGAGGACAAAAAAAGAACAGUGCAUCUUAAUGGCCUGCAAUCACAAGCCGUAAGUGCAGCUCAGGCCUGUUCGACACAGGCACAGUGCCAAUCGACCGAAUGUAAUGAACAGACCCUUCAGAUACAUGUUUCACCUAUGGAAGGAAAUCAGCCUUGUCAGACAGCAGUCGCUGUGAGUGAAGGAUGUCAACAAAUCGUGCCUCGCACAGAAGUGGUAGAUUUGAAAGCACAGCUACAGAUGAUGGAGAACUUGAUCAGCUCAAGUCAGGAAACCAUAAAGGUUUUGUUGGGUGUUAUUCAGGAGCUGGAAAAGGGAGAAGCUCACAGAGAAGGGCUUUCAUAUCGGACUGGUCAAGACACAUCUAACUGUGACACAUGCAGGAACAGUGCAUGUAUAAUCUAUAGUGUGGAAUUAGAUUUUAAACAACAAGAAGACAAACUACAGCCAGUUCUGAGAAAACUUCAUCCUAUUGAGGAAACUCAGGUUGCACCUUUGCCUUAUUCCCAGGAGAGUUACUCCUCAACUCCUAAGCAAAAAUCCAAAACUGAAUCAAAAAAGCAUGGAAGAUGGAAACUCUGGUUUCUUUAA